AUGGGUAGUAUUGUGGCGAAAGUAGCCAAAGCUUGUAUCCAGUGCAAGGUCACCAAGAGCCGUCCAAGAUGUCCUCGGAUGGCUGCGUUACCAGUGCAGCGAGUAACUCCUUUCCAGCGACCGUUCAGCUUCGUGGGGCUCGACUACUUUGGGCCGAUAACAGUGUCGCUCGGUCGCCGAAGUGAGAAAAGGUGGGUCGUUUUGUUCACGUGCUUGGUAAUUAGGGCCGUUCACCUCGAAAUAGCAUAUUCUCUGACAACGCAGUCGUGCCUGAUGGCCAUUACACGCUUCGUCUCUCUUCGAGGGCCGCCGUUGGAAAUAUUUUCGGACAAUGGCACUAAUUUCAAAGGGGCCAGUAGGGAGUUGUUGGACCAAUUACACAGCAUCAACGAAGAAUGUGCAGGAGAAUUGACAUCGGCUCAGACGAAGUGGAGUUUCAACCCUCCAGCCUCACCCCACAUGGGAGGAGUUUGGGGGAGACUCGUCCGUUCAACGAAAACAGUACUCGAAACAAUUGACGAUGGAAAGCGAUUGACGGAUGAAAUCCUGGCAACUGUGAUAGCCGAAGCGGCGGAAAUUAUAAACAGCCGCCCGCUUACAUAUGUUACGCAGGAAUCGGAAAACUUGGAAGCCCUUUGUCCCAAACAUUUCCUUCGCGGUAUGGCUCCAAACGAACCGAGGCUCAAUGCACCUCCUGUGAAUCCAGCAGUAGCCCUGCGGGAUUCAUAUCAGCGAUCACAGGAGAUAGUCGAAAACUUAUGGAAGAGGUGGAUAAAAGAAUAUAUUCCAUCUAUAAAUCAGCGUACCAAGUGGUUUGGUGAAGCAACGAAUUUGAAGCGAGGUGACUUGGUGUACAUUGUUGAGGGGGAAAAACGAAAAUGCUGGGUGCGCGGAAUCGUUGAGGAACCGAUAGUAGCUGGAGAUGGAAGAGUACGUCAGGCCUGGAUCCGUACAAACAGUGGUGUACUGAAGCGAGCGACAGCGAAGCUUGCAGUGUUAGAGAUUAAUGAGGGUGACGCUGGACCGGAUGUGGCCAUCGGACCAGGUUCACGGGCCGGGGCAUGUUGUGGUCAGAACCGCAGGGCAGAUGAAGAUGUCCCUGUCGCAAUGUGA